AUGAAGAGAAGUAAAGAAUUGGCAACUAAAAAUCAUAAUCAAGAAGACAUAAGUAUUCUUCGUUGUUGGAAAUGUAGAAAAUGUAUAGCAAGUUCUGGUUGUUUCAUGGAAUAUCUUGAGAAUCAAGUGACUAAGAAUACAAAUGAUUCAGCUGAUGAUGAAAAUAUUUGUCAUGUGUGGCACAUGAAUAUAGAAGCCCUUCCAGAAUGGAUACAUUGCCUGAUACAAAAAGCCCAGUGGACAGUUGGAAAACUGAAUUGCCCUUUCUGUGGGGCCCGUUUAGGGGGCUUUAAUUUUGUCAGCACUCCAAAAUGUUCCUGUGGCCAGCUUGCAGCUGUACAUCUCUCCAAGAGCCGUACCGAUUAUCAGCCAACACCGUCAGGCCGACUAAUGAGACCAUCGCUGAAAUACUUAUCACAUCCUAGAGUUCAGUCAGGUUGUGACAAGGAAACUCUGCUGACAGGUGGCGCCUCCAGAAACAGAAAUCACAGGUUUUUAAACAUGGGCCCAAAUAAUAAUGGUCCUGGAAGAUUAACUGAAGCACUCUGCCUGGAGGUACGGUCAACAUAUUUCAAGAUGAAGAACGAAAAACUGCUCUUCAAAGCAUCAGAUCCAAAAUAUCAGCUUUUUGUUCCGCAGCUUGUGACCACCAGAUGCGCUCCAAGAGCUUUUCAUAGAAAAUCACAUAGUUUGGAUCUGAGCAUCAGUGAGAAACUGACUUUAUUACCCACUUUAUAUGAAAUCCAUAGUAAGACUACUGUAUAUCCUGGGCUCAAUGAGACACAGCCUGUUGACCUUCCGAGCUUGCCUUUAGAAUCGAAUAAAAAUAACUGUUCCUUUCAGAUUUCAUCCAGUUUUGAUCCUAAUAUGCUGCUGCAAAGAUUUUCAGUGGCUCCCCGUGAGACCCAGACACAAAGAGGAGGAGAAUUUCAGUGUGGUCUAGAAGCUUCUGCCGUGUAUUCUGGCCAUGCUAGUCCUAACAGCCUGACUUUCCUGAUGGACCUGCCUGCUGCUGGCAGGAGCACACUGGAGGCUGAGGACCAGGAAGAGCACCUCUCUCCUCUGAACUUCCUGCAUUCGGGCAGUUUUUCACUGGGUGCCAUUAAUCAGAGGCUCAGUAAGAGAGAGAAGAGCAAACUGAAGAAUCUGAGACGGAAACAACGAAGGCAUGAGAGGUGGCUGCAGAAGCAGGGUAAAUGUCCAGGAGUGGGGUUGCUGGAUUGUAUGACUUUGGAUAAUGAGAUGAGUACAGAUGAUGACACUGAAUAUGCAGAAGAAAAGGAGAGCUACAUCUGUGCAGUGUGUCUGGAUGUUUAUUUCAACCCCUACAUGUGUUACCCUUGCCACCACAUCUUCUGUGAGCCCUGCUUACGGACCCUUGCCAAAGACAAUCCUGCAAGCACUCCCUGCCCAUUGUGUCGGACAGUUAUUUCCAGAGUCUUUUUUCAGACAGAACUGAACAAUGCCACAAAAACAUUCUUUACUAAAGAAUAUUUGAAAAGAAAACAAAGCUUUCAGAAAUCCAGCUCUGCAAAGUGGCCCCUACCAAACUGCAGAAAAGCAUUCCACCUUUUUGGAGGUUUCCACAGACGUGCAGCUCCAGUUACAAGAAGGCAGUUUCCACAUGGUGCACACAGGAUGGAUUAUCUGCACUUUGAGGAUGAUAGCCGUGGAUGGUGGUUUGACAUGGAUAUGGUGAUCAUCUAUAUUUAUUCAGUGAACUGGGUCAUUGGAUUCAUUGUUUUCUGCUUUCUUUGCUAUUUUUUCUUUCCAUUUUAG